UCUAGGAAAUAGCGGUGACUAGAAACUCAACGCUCUCGCUAUUAAAGAGCUAGACGUACCGACAAUAUACUGUACAUGUGGUCACUGUGAAGGUCUAGAAGUCAAGGUCUAACAUCACAAAAUGGCAAGCAAAAUGGCAAGCGACUUUGACGACCAGUUCCUGACGUGCCCGGUCUGUAUGUUGCACUUCCGGGAUCCCAGAAUCCUGCCAUGUUUGCACACAUUUUGUAGGGAGUGUCUGCAAGAAUGGGCGACCAAACAACAGCCGCUGGAGUGUCCAACCUGCCGCACACAGGUCAGUCUACCAGACCAAGGUGUGGACGGACUCAGGACCAACUUCUACGUCAACAAUCUGCUGGACUUCGCGGCGGCCAAGAAAGGAGCGGAGCCAGGUGUGCCAUGUCAAGUGUGUAAGGGGAAUGUGGAGGGGUCAAAAUCUUGGUGUGCGGACUGCGCAAUUUUAAUGUGUGAGUCAUGUACACUGUUGCACCGCAAUUUUCCGUGUUCGAAAGAUCACGAAGUUACCCCUGAAGAAACCCUGAAGGCCGAGGAAGCUAUCAGCAAAUUCCAUCGCAAACGACACUGCGACAAACACAAGAACCAAGAACUGGUCUUCUACUGUGAGAGCUGUAACGCUUUAGUUUGUACGGCAUGUACCGUGGUCGACCAUCGGCCAGGCAAAGAUCACAAUCCGGUGGAAAUCCCCUCCGUCGCUCAGAAGAAAAAAGAGACGCUACGAGGACUUCUACAAGGCAUAGACCCACGUCUGAAUGAAAUUCAGGCAUCUAUCAAAGAAAUUGAUAGAAAGAUUUCAAACUUAGCCCCUUCGAAAGAAGUAGCUACUGACCAAGUCAAGGCAUAUUUCGGCCAACUUAUUGACCUUCUCCAAAAGCGUGAAAAGGAGAUUUUGAGUCAAAUUGACGAUCAAUGCCGAGCCGAUGGCAAGGUUCUACAGACAAAGAAGGAAGCGAUAGAGUUUGAGUUGGCGGGACUGACGAGCGCACGGACGUUCUGUCAACAAGCUGUAGAACACGGAAGUGACGUGCACAUUCUGGAGGUGGGAAACCAAGUCCAAACAAGGAUAGAAACUCUGCUGGCAAAACAACUGGACUUGGAGUCCGACUGGAGCGAGUUUCGGUUCGUCGAGAACACGACUGUCGUGGACUUUAAGAAAAAUAUUCAAGCCUUGGGUGGUGUCAAAACAGAUGUCGAUAUUUCGAAGUGCAAAGUUGUUAUAAAGCCGGCAGUUGAGGGAUUUGAGUGUAUCACUGAGUUGACGACAAUGAACAAAGAAGGUCGUCCUUGUGUUACAAGCAACAAAGCCGUCACAAUCAACAUGAAGGCCCCGUCUGGGAAGAACGUGCCACCGCAUGGACAGCCACAGUUGAAGAGCGGGGGUGUGUGGGAAAUCUCCUACUUACCCAAGGUCGCAGGAAUUUACAGGUUACAGGUCAAGGUCAACUUGCAACAAGUGCCAGGAAGUCCGUUUGAUGUUGAAGUGAAAGGAAAUCCCGUGUUGACUAUAGGACAGAAGGUAGCGGGGGUGGGGGAACUGGGCGGGCCGGCAGGUGUCGCGGUUGACAAAGACGGCGCCAUUGCAGUAGUGGAGCGACAGAACAAACGUGUUCAGAUAUUCAAUGCAGACACAGGCCAGUCUUUGCGUAACUUCCCUGUUGAAGGUGAGAAGCCAUUCGGUAUUGAUGUGGACUCUAGUGGAGCGUUCUUUGUGACGUCGUGGGGUGAAGAUUUCGGCUUGAGACAUUACUCGAAGGAAGGCAGACUUUUAGACACAUACAAGCCUGACUGUAUGCGUUGCCCGCAUGGCCUGACAGUACUGAAGGAUGGCCGCAUGGUGGUGGCGGAACCUACACAGAACACUUGUCUCCUCCUGCAGCCUGACGGGAGCCUCAUCCGGGAGAUCGGCAAGGGGAAGUUGCACAGCCCAGUGUUCGUAUCUGCAGACGAGAAACGCGAUGUGUUGUUCGUCACAGACUUCAGCGCACACAAAGUAUUCGCUUUUGACCUAGACGGAAAUUUCAUAUUCGACUUUGGCAGGCAAGGUGACAGUGAUGGCGAGUUUCAAACUCCAUAUGGCGUAACAACAGACCCGGCAGGUAACAUCAUUGUCUUGAACGAUGAUGACGGCCGUGUGCAGGUGUUUGGGCCUGAUGGGAAAUUUAUUCGGACUGCGGUGACUGUCAAGGGUUCAGGCACAGGAAUCGUGCUGACUCCUGAUGGUUACAUAGCGGUAACAUGUUUCAAAGGACAUUGCAUAGAAAUGUGCAGGUACAAGUAG